AUGGGUCGCCUCCACAGCAAGGGCAAGGGUAUUGCCUCCUCCGCCAUCCCGUACUCGCGCAGCGUGCCCACUUGGUUCAAGAGCUCGCCCGACCAGGUCGUCGACAACAUCUGCAAGCUGGCCCGCAAGGGUGCCACCCCUUCCCAGAUCGGUGUUAUCCUGAGAGAUAGCCAUGGUGUCGCGCAAGUGAAGGUUGUUACUGGCAACAAGAUCCUCCGUAUCCUCAAGUCGAGUGGCCUUGCCCCCGAGAUUCCUGAGGACCUAUACUUCCUGAUCAAGAAGGCUGUCGCUGUCCGCAAGCACCUCGAGCGCAACCGCAAGGACAAGGACUCCAAGUUCCGUCUGAUUCUCAUCGAGUCGCGCAUUCACCGCCUGUCGCGCUACUACAAGACCGUCGGUGUCCUGCCGCCCACCUGGCGGUACGAGAGCGCCACCGCCUCGACCCUUGUUGCUUAA